UAAACACGAUGGCGCAGGCUGUUGCAGGUAGUUAGUAGGAAGUGCUUCAAAUAGAUUGCCAAUUCGCUCAUCUGCAGCAGCUAGGGAAACAUUUUUACUUUUCAAAGCGUGGCACUUCAGAAGGAGAGAAAAAUGUCAACCAUUGCAAUGCAAGAAAGGAAUAAUUCAGAGAAAAACAUGAACGGUUUGACUCCCCAUGAGAUGGCUCUCCUUUCUGGAAUAAGGAAAAAGAAGUCAGAGUUGUUGAGUGAAAUUCAGCGACUAAAAGCUGAGAUAGCUGAAGUCACAUCAGAAAUGGAUAUGAUUGAACAACGUGACAAUGGUUCUAAGGAUGAUCCUCGAGCUAAGCAGUUAUCAACUGGAAAGAAAAAGUUCAACAUUGAUCCAGAGAAGGGAAUAGAAUAUCUGGUGUCCAACAGCUUGCUCAAUAACACUCCAGAAGACAUUGCUGACUUCCUCUUCAAAGAAGAAGGACUCAAUAAAACCAUGAUUGGAAACUAUCUUGGAGAAAACAAAGAGUUUAACUUAGAAGUAUUCAGAAUCUUUGUCGAGCUUCAUGAUUUCAAUGGAAGAUUGUUGGUAGAUGCUCUGAGAGAAUUCUUGUGGAGCUUCCGUCUACCUGGUGAAGCCCAGAAGAUUGAUAGAAUGAUGGAAGCAUUUGCUAAGAGAUAUUGCGAUCAGAAUCCAGGAAUGUUUACUUCAACUGAUACUUGCUAUGUUUUGAGCUUCUCGCUCAUCUUGUUGAACACCAGCCUUCACAACCCAAGUGUUAAGGAUAAGCCUACAUUAGAGAAAUUUAUUCAGAUGAACAGAGGAAUAAACUGUGGAGAAGAUCUACCUUCAGAUACCCUAGCGAGUUUAUACGAGAGUAUAAAAAAUGAACAGUUCAAGAUCCCAGAAGAUGAUGGAAAUGAUAUCACGAGAACAUUUUUCAACCCUGAUAGGGAAGGCUGGCUUAUAAAAGAAGGUGGCUUACACAAAAGUUGGAGGAAACGGUACUUCAUCCUUAAAGAUAAUUGCCUCUAUUAUUUCAAGAAUAUAGGGGACAGGGAACCACGUGGCAUUAUUCCUUUGGAAAAUUUACAAGUAAGAGUAGUGCAAGAUGCAAGGAGAAAGUAUUGCUUUGAAAUAUAUUCAGCAGAUAAUUCCUCUGGACUUAUAAAAGCUUGUAAAACAGACUCAGAAGGAAAAGUUGUAGAAGGACACCAUGAUGUAUACCGUAUCUGUGCAGUUUCUGAGGAAGAAAGGGAAAUCUGGAUUGGUUGUAUCAAGGCUAGUAUGAUCAUUGAUCCAUUUUAUGAUAUGCUCCAAGCAAGGAAAAAGAAAGUCACCCAAGCAGCAUUGAACUGAGGGUUCUUUUGAAAGAUUUUUUUUUCGAUAAUCGUGUUGUUUUCUCAAUUAAUCCAGUGUGCUGCAAAAUGUCUCUUGAAGUGUACACACAGCUCAGACAUUUGACUUUUUAAAAGCAAUAUUUUAACUACCUGCCCAAGUUUAUUGACCUUGACUUAUCUAUGCUUUUUAAUAAUGAACUUAACAUCAGAUUGUUUCCUUAAUCCCUUGUGCUAUACAUUAUCUGCAAAUGUCUUCUGAAUUGUACACGUGGUUCAGACAUUUGACUUUUAAAAACCAUUGUUUUAACUGCAAAAAUUUCUUGACCUUGACUUAUCUAUGCUUUAUAAUAACGAUCUAAGUUUAUACUCUACAUUUCACUUGUUACAUUGUACAGUUCAAGGAAAGUUUUACAAUUUAUAACCUAACUUACAUUUUGACGCUAUUCAAUUCAUUCUAUUGGCUUUGUUGAUGUAACUUUUCUUAAGUUUUGUCUUUAAACUGUGGUAAAAAAUUUAUUUUAAACAGCAGUCUUAGCUGUGCACACUCUUUUUUUAAUUGUAUUUAAUUUUUGUACUCAAAACUGUUUAUUUUGGAAUUUAAGCUUAUAGCUUUUUGUAUUGUUGUACAUCAGAAACAAGUGUUUGUCAUAUUGUUUGGCAAAGGUUGUACAUUUGUGAAGCUCUGGUGUGUGUGAAUUUUAAUGCAGUAGAAAUCUACUGUAGCUUUUUUACCAUUUACCAUUGAUACAUGAUUCAGUCAACAAAUGCCUCACUGCCCGUUUUGUUAUACAACUUGUUUAUCAUCUCAAAAAGGAAAACAUGUCAUUCAUUCACACCUUUAAUUGUGUGAUAUCUCUCCAUGAAAUUGUUGUCCCAAGAGCAGUCACUUAGGAACACACUGAUACUCUUACUUUUGACUCAUAAAAGCAUUAGUAGGAAUGUCUAUUUACUAUGCCAUAGAAAAGGUGGCUGUGUAAAAUUAGGUUACUAGUGUGAUUGAUUAACAAAUGGGUACAACUGAUAAAUAUAUAUAGAAAGUUUAAUUUACAUAGAGUGGUUCAUUUAGUAGACAUGCAAAAUAUGUGCAAAUAGUAUUUCCCCAAAGGGGAGAAAAGAAAUAAGGUACAGUCCCACGAAUGGAGUUUUAUUGCAAGGAAAGCCUUCCUGUGAGAAACUGUUGAUCCUGGAUGAAUAGGCCACUUCUGGGAUGCCUUCAAGCCUCUGUUUCAAAAUGAGGGUAGGUGCAAGAUCUUUGAUUUGAAAAUGUGAAUGAAACUCAUUUUCAUUUUAAGGCUCUUGUUGAUGGGUUUAUUAAUUUCAACUUGCAUGGGGAAAGUUACUUGGCACUUCUCAAACUCUUCUUUGAUUGGCUUGGUCCUUUGUUCAAUAAAAAUAUACUGACAACCAGAGUGGCCUACUCACAAUACCUGGAAUCAAGCUGUUCAAGUUUUUAGUGUCUUGAACUCCGUUCAGAAAGCCUGUUUCACAAUUCUGUGCCUCACCCUUUUGCUUCAGUUCUCGUAGUCGGUUUUCCACUAUAAUGGCAAGCUUCUCUACUUUAUUUGGGUCAGUGGUUGUUUUUCAGAUAUGUAAAUAGGACUAUUAGGGUACAUUUCACAUAUUCCACAUGCCACAGGAGAUGAUUCAAGUAUAUUACUAGGUUAUGAAAAUGUAAACUCAGGGUACCUUAAAGUUAUUUUGUAACAAUUUUUUUUGGUAAAUGUAAAAUGAAGAGUAACCCUUGAAGAUGUUUUUGCUCAAUCUUUCACAUUUUAUGCAGGCAGAAAUAAAAACUGACAGCUAAAGUGUU